GGGUCUCUGGUGGCCCCCCAGUGAUGAGGGGGAAUGUUGAGUGUCCCAGAGACCCCCCGACAUCGUCCCAGCCCUGUCCUGAGGGCACGGCCCGGUUGUGGGGUCACGGCCUCGUGUCCCUCCCCAGGCCUGGGGUGUCACCCCCUCGAGGAGGGUCAUGGGGACAGAGACCCCCCACCCGGGUCCUUCUGACGGUUCCUGGUCGAGGAAAGGUGUCACAUCUGUCUGUCUGUCCAGCUCCGUGUGUCAGUCUGUCCAGACACCCACUUGCCCACCCGGUCACCGUUCUCUCUGUCCCGCUCCUGCGUGUCACCUGUCUGUCCAUCCACCUGUCCGUGUGUCUGGCCAUCCUUCCAUUCAUCCUUCCAUCCGUUUGUCCACCCAUCCGUCCAUCCAUCCAUCCAUCCAUCCCUCAGAGUGUGCUCACCUGCCGUGUUUGCACACUCGUGUGCUGUGUGUGCUCUGUGUGUGUGUGUGUCCAUGUUCACGUGUGUGUCCAUGUUCACGUGUGUGUCCAUGUUCAUGUGUGUGUCCAUGUUCAUGUGUGUGUCCAUGUUCACGUGUGUGUGUCCAUGUUCAUGUGUGUGUCCAUGUUCACGUGUGUGUGUCCAUGUUCACGUGUGUGUGUCCAUGUUCAUAUGUGUGUUCAUGUUCAUGUGUGUGUGUCCAUGUUCACGUGUGUGUCCAUGUUCACGUGUGUGUGUCCAUGUUCAUGUGUGUAUGUCCAUGUUCAUGUGUGUAUGUCCAUGUUCACACAUGUGUGUGUUCACAUGUGUGUGUGUGGAGCCAAGCAGAGUGUGACGGGGGUGGGAGGAGCUGGGGGAGGGGGCAGGGGUCCCCAUCAACCCCAUCACCCCCUUCAUCUCCUUCAUCCCCAUCAUCCCCAUCAUCCCCAUCAUCCUCAUCGUCCCCUUCAUCCCCGUUACCCCCACGAUCUUCUUCAUCCCCAUCAUCCCCUUCAUUCCCAUCACCCUCAUCCUUCCCAUCAACCCUUUCACCCCCACCGUCCCCAUGGCCUCCAUCACCCCCUUCAUCCCUCACCACCCCCUUCAUCCUCAUCCUCCCCAUCACCUCCUUCACUCCCAUCACCCCCUUCAUCCCUUCAUCCCAUCACUCCCAUCAUCCCCUUCAUCCCAUCUCCCUCAUCAUCCCCUUCAUCCCCCUCACCCCUGUCAUCCUCACCAACCCCUUGAUCCCCAUUCUCUCCAUCAUCCCUAUCACCCCCUUCACCCCCAUCACCCCUUUUAUCCCCAUCCUGCCCAUCGCCUCAAUUGUUCCCUUCAUCCCAUCACCCCCUUCAUCCCCUUCCCCCAUCAUCCCCUUUAUCCCCAUCACCCCCACCCUCCCAACCAUUCCCUUCAUCCCCAUCCCCACCCCCCCAGCCAUUCCCUUCAUCCCAUCCUUCCCAUCACUCCCAUCAUUCACCUCACCCCCUUCUUCCCCACCCCCCGGCCAUUUCCUUCAUCCCAAUCAUCCCCUUCAUCUUCAUCAUCCCCACCACCCCAGCCAUUCCCUUCAUCCCAUCAUGCCCCUCACCCCCAUCGCCCCAACCAUUCCCUUCAUCCCAUCCUUCCCAUCCUUCCCAUCACUCCUACCAUCCCCUUCACCCCCAUCCUCCCCACCACCCCAGCCAUCCCCUUCAUCCCAUCAUACCCUUCACCCCCAUCACCCCAGCCAUCCCCUUCAUCCCAUCACACCCCUCACCCCCAUCACCCCCAUCCUCCCCCGUACCCUCCCUCCCCCCCCCUCCCCGCCGAUGAAGACGCAGACCCCGAGCGUAUGUCAGGAAUCAGUGCCUGUCGCAGGCGCCUAAUCUGUUUUUCUAAGCCGCCCACGAGCAGCACGGUUGCCGAAUUAGGCCGACAGCUGCUACGGGUCCUUCUCCCCCUCCGCGCCCGCUCCGCGCCGCCUGCCGCAGAUGCCGGGGCCGGGAGCGGCGGGUACCGGCAGCCGGCGCGGCCCCGCUCCUCCCGCCGCCCCGCACCGGCACGCGGACCCCCGCACACGAGGCGCGGACCCUCCCCGGGACACACACCCCACCCACCCCCCGCCCGCACACCCACCCCUUCCCUUCCCUUCCCUUCCUUUCCUUUCCC